AUGGUGAAUCACACAAUUGAGCUCUUCGCGCCCAUAGGAGAAGGCUUGGUCUUUCGGGGCCGGGAGUUCCUCCACCGCCGCCCCUGUUGCUUGGGUGCGGGCGAGCGUUCCUUGGUGCUGCUUCUGCACUACGUCCCCGCAGACUUCCCCGAGUUCCAGUGCGAGUCAAUGGUCAACGUUUCUGCUGCGAAGGCGGACGAUCUUCUCCUCUAUCAGUGUCAGGCCUUGAUGCCACCGGAUCCUGCAGGGAUCGGUGAGGCAUCUGCCCCUGCCCCCAAGCCGCCACGCCAGCGGUACUUGCUGUACAAUCCUUGCGCAACCAACUUCGAUCCGCACUACUGCCAGUCGCAGUUCAACAACCAGGUCGUCUUCUUCCUCCACGCCCUGUCAGUGGCGAAGGGCCUCGGCCGACGGCUCGUUUUGCCGCCCUUCAUGUGGAUGGAGCACCAGAUGGCUGAGUCGCAGCGGUGGUUUCCCUUCGAGCAUUUCUUUGACCUGGAGCACUUGAAGGAACGCUUCGAUGUGAUCAGCUUGGAGGAGUUCUUGUCACUCGAGGACCUGGCCCACCCAGGUGGUCAGAAACUCUGGUGGUACUUCUAUCCGCCCUACUUGGUCGAAAAG